UGAUGAUCUCGAUGUGGACGAUGAAGGUAUAGCAGAUAUGCAUAGCAUAGUCCCAUCGACCAUCAGUCUUCGUAAGUCACUUCUUGAGAAUCGCAUCGAGAAUGGUAGGACGUACCACCGAUACAAAGAUGGCAAAUACAACCUACCCAAUGACGAAAAGGAACUAGAUAGGCUUGAUCUACAGCAUCACUUAUGGCUUCUUGCUUUGGAUGAUAGACUUGGCAUGGCCCCACCUUGCAUGAAGGGUGCCCAAGUCGGUCGGGUGCUUGAUGUCGGAACUGGGUCUGGCAUCUGGGUCCUUGACUUUGGUGAUGAACACCCUGAGUCUGAGGUAUAUGGUAUUGACUUAUCGCCAACUCUCCCCAUAUACGUGCCCCCGAACGUCAAAUUUGAAGUCGACGACGCUGAGGAAGAAUGGACUUGGUCGCGACCCUUUUCCUAUAUUCACAGCCGGGUGUUGACCUCCAGUAUUGGUGACUGGAGGCUGUAUCUUCGUCGUUGUUUCGACCAUCUCGAACCAGGGGGGUGGAUCGAGUUACAAGAGUUUGAUCUCUUUCCGCGGUCAGACGAUGGAACUCUCAAGCCAGAGCAUCCGUUAAUCAGGUGGUGCAAUCUCCUUCUUGAGGCAUCAGAGAAGAAUGGUCGCCCCUACGUCAGUAUUCCGCCGUUAAAGGACCUCCUCAUGGAGAUUGGCUUCGUGGACGUGUCAUUAAGUCUGUGCAAAUGGCCUACCAAUACUUGGCCGAAAGAGCCCAAAUAUAAGGAAAUCGGUAUCUGGCAUGGAGAGAACGUUUCUGGCGGCCUCGAGGGCUUCACGAUGGCGGCGUUAACGCGUGCCCUGGGUUGGACACCUGAAGAAGUCGAAGAGCUGCUUGUAGAUGUACGAGACAACAUCAAGGAUAGAAGCAUCCACGCAUGGUGGCCAGCGUAGGUUCCCUCGACAGUGAGAAAUGGAGCCCAAAGAAACCGUUGUGCUGAUAUAACAUAGCUACUGCAUCGUAGG